CGAAAAGCGAUCUGAAGGUCUGAAGUAGAACAGUGAAAUUGUUUUCGAAAGUGUAAUUUGAUACACCAUGGUUACAUUUAUUGUUCAAUAAAUUGCAUUUGCGUUCUUAAAUUUGUUUACUUGAAACUAGAUCAUUACACUGCCGUCGUUAACUCCUGUCUAGACGUUCUGAUUAUUGAUCAAGGAAUAUAUUUUGCUUUUUGGUGGGAAAAGCUCCAAUUGGCAGAGAAACCCCUUAUAUGAAAAUAAAUUAUUUUGUUUUCACAGCUAUUCAUCAAAUUUUAAGCCAGCCAAUAAAAUACUUCUGCAUGUCUGCUAGUUCAGGCAAAAGGAAAGUGAAGAAUCUAAGGAUUUCUAAAGUAUCACUUCCAUCCGCUCCAUCAUUAGCUAGGAAAAGAAAGUUUUCUAACUUAACACAAACCCCAGUUCAAAUGGAUAAAUUGGAAACAGAGAAAAAAUUGUGUAUCGGCAAAGUUAUUUACUUGCCUAACCCUGUGAAAUCACAAAAUGACAAAAAGGAAUAUAGAGUGCUUCAGCUGACCAAUGGAAUGAGAGUAUUAUUGAUUUCUGAUCCCAACAUUAGUGAAACUGAGCCAGAUAUUGAAUCAUCAAAGGGAGUUGAUAACAUGGCUUACAGUUCAGCUGGAGAAGAAGAUUCCGAAGACGAGGGUGAAGAAGAAGAGGUUGACGAAGAAUGCGAAGAAGAAGAAGGAGGGAGUGAAAGCGAAACAGACGAAGAAUCUGAAAUGGACCCAGACUCGACAGAAUCGAAUGGUGUCGAUAGUGGUUCAACACGGAAGUCGAAACAAAUCAAAGAAGGAGAACGUAUGGCAGCUGCUGCAUUAUGCGUUAACAUUGGCAGUUUCUCUGAUCCUCCAGAUUUACCUGGAUUGGCACAUUUCCUCGAACACAUGGUUUUCAUGGGUAGCAGUAAAUAUCCAGAGGAGAAUGCUUUUGAUGAAUUUCUGAAGACAUAUGGUGGAGGUUCCAAUGCUUCAACGGAUUACGAGACUACUACUUUUGAAUUCGAAAUUCACCAGCGUUAUUUCCACCAGGCUUUAGAGAUAUUUGCUGAAUUUUUUGCUUCACCUUUACUGUUACCAAACAGCAUGAAACGCGAAAAAGAGGCGAUUGACAGCGAGUUUCAGAUGGCUUUACCCUCAGACUCAUGUCGAAAGCAGCAGCUAUUCGCUAGUCUAGCAAAAGACGGACAUCCCAUGUCCAACUUCACUUGGGGAAACUCAUCUACACUUAACUUAGCUGGGGAUCCGGAUGGCACGGAACUAAAUCGUCGUCUUCGCUUGUUCUGGCAAGAACAUUAUACAGCAAAUCGAAUGACUUUGGUCUUACAAUCAAAACACGAAUUAAAUCAGUUAGAGGAAUGGGCGGUAUCCAUCUUUCAAGGAAUCCCUUCUACAAAUAGCCAGCCUGCCUGUCCACCAAACUUUAAGGAUUUAGGUUUCCCUUUUGAUACUCCACGUUUUAAACGCGUAUUGAAGGUAGUCCCAGUGAAAGAUGUACAUCAGGUUUGUUUGUCGUGGGCAUUACCUUCUCAAUUGGAAAAUUAUCGGAUCAAACCACUGGGCUAUUUAUCGUGGCUUAUUGGACAUGAAGGUCGAGGCAGCUUGUUGGCAUAUUUACGACGCAAGGUUUGGGCCUUAGACCUGGCUAGUGGAAAUGAUGAAAGCGGUUCUGACCACAACUCGACCUACGCAUUGUUUAGCAUCAAUAUUAGUUUGACAGAACGAGGCAUGGCAGAAAUCGAGCAGGUUAUAGCUGCAGUUUUUCAGUAUAUACACAUGUUGAGGAACCAAGGACCUGAAGAACGGAUCUGGCGGGAAAUUCAAACUAUCGAAGAUCUUAGUUUCCGUUACGCAGAGGACAGCCCCCCAGUUGAAAAUGUGGAAACGUUAAGCGAACACAUGCACAAAUAUGCUCCUAUCGAUUAUAUUACUGGAGACGCACUCAUAUUCGAUUACAAAAGUGAUGUAAUUUCUGAAUGUAUGAACGCUCUACGAAUGGAUAAUGUCAAUAUCAUGAUAUUAUCUAAAGAUUUCGAAAACGCGGAUGUUUGCUGCGACAUUGAACCUUGGUUUCAAACCCGCUACGAAGCAAAAGACAUUCCUGAUGACUGGAAGCAAAUUUGGUCUCGAGCAUUGGAGGGCGAGUUGCCGUUCGCUAUUCCAGAACCAAAUCCAUUCUUGGCUUCUGAUUUUUCACUUUUUGAACCUUCUUCCAUUGCUGCAUCAAUUUCCGUUCCUACCAAGAUUCACUGCACAGAAGAAGGGUUCUCCUUGUGGUACCGCCCAGACAGUAAAUUCCGCAUACCAAAAGCAGUUUUGAACUUUUAUCUCGUGACGCCCUUAUCUACUGAUUGUGUUCGAAACGCUGUUCUUUUAGAGAUAUUAGCCAAAAUACUCAAGCAUCAAUUAAUGGAAAAAGUGUAUGAUGCAUUAGUAGCUCAGUUGGAACUAGCUAUUCAUCACUAUGACAGAGGUCUAGUCAUAAAAGUUUCCGGAUUCAAUCACAAACUUCAUUUGCUGAUCAGUGCAAUUGUAGAACAGUUUGUUAGAUUUGAACAAGACGUUGUAGAUGAGGUUUUCGAAGCCUUACGAGAACAGCAAGAAAAGGCAUACAAAAAUUUUUGUAUCAAGCCUUCUAAGCUCAUUACGGAUGCACGCUUAACUUUGCUGCACACCUCUCAUUGGUCGGUGUUAGAAAAGUCAGAAGAAGUGAAGGAUUUGACUUUAGAUGAUCUGAAGCUCUUUUCAACUCGGCUUAAAGCGAGUUUCAAUUUAGAGUGUCUUGUUCAGGGAAAUUAUUCGAAUGAACAAGCUUUGGAAGUGGCUCUCAGUUUCAAAAGAAAUCUACAGGCGAAUGGACGAUUAAGCGAUGGCGCUUUAUCACCGAUUAGAAUAUGUCAAGUACCGUUGGGCAAUAAAUGCUGUCGACUGGCUAGUUUCCAUCCCACAGAUUCUAAUUCCGUGGUUGUUAACUACUAUCAAGUAGGACCCACGAAUAUGCAUCAGACCGCGAUCAUGGAAAUCAUCGUCAAUCUCAUGGAGGAGCCAGUGUUUGACAUUCUUCGGACCCGCGAACAACUAGGAUACAACGUAUAUGCCACUCUUCGGAAUACUUUCGGUGUUUUAGGGUUUUCUGUUACCGUCGAUUUUCAGGCUGACAAGUUCAGUGCCUCACAUGUGGAUGCCAGGAUAGAAGCAUUUUUAAACCAAUUCAACCUCAACUUGGAAGCUAUGACCGAAACCGAAUUACAAACCCGUGUGCAAUCCCUAAUAAAAUUAAAGCAGGUUCCAGAUGUGUCACUUGACGAGGAGGUUUCACGUAACUGGAACGAAAUCCUUAACGAAGAAUAUCUCUUUGAUCGUUUACAGCAAGAGAUUGAACAUUUGCCGCUAGUCAGCUUAGAUGAAAUCCGAUCUUUCUUCCAGCUGUGCGGUUUACCGUUGAAAGAUUCUCAGCGAAGAAAAUUAUCGAUGCAGGUCAUUGGUAACGAUAAGAAAAAUGUCAGUCAGAAUCCAAAAGACGAGAAGAUUAAAUUACGUUUCCUGGCUGAGAAUGACUUGAAUUGUAGCUUUAUUGAAGAUUUAAAUGAGCUAAGGCAAACUGCGAUGAUUUUCCCACCAUUGAAGACUUUUAAUGGUCUACCAACUACCGCCAAGUAAACGCGUGAUUCAACAAUUUUAAGCCAAUAAAUGGGUACUAAAACCUUGAA